UCUCCUCUACAGGCUGCAAUGACACUUUGCAUGCAGACGAAUACGAGUCACUAAAAUGUAGUGAAACGUACCUAUACAGUGGACGAGCAAGCGAUUCUACAUUUUGUGGUGUAUUAUUCCGAAACAGCGAAUGGAAGCACCCCCCUAAACCAGGAUACAUGGCGUUUAUGUCUAGAUUUUCACGGUCCCGAAGCAACUCCAGAUCUCCGAGUAGAAGGGAUUCAGAAAAGGGGUCACCUGUAUUAACUGUUGCCGAACUUGAGCGCCUCCUGUACACGGGAAAGACGGCCUGUAAUCAUGCAGACGAGGUGUGGCCAAGACUUUACAUCGGAGACCAAGAGAUUGCCUCCGAUCGGCGAGAGCUGACGCGGCUCGGGAUCUCGCACAUCCUUAACUGUGCCCAGAGCAAGUGGCGUGGCGGAGCAGAGUACUACGCCGGCAUGAACAUCACUUAUCACGGCAUCGAGGCCCACGACUCACCUUCCUUCGACAUGAGCGUCAACUUCUACCCUGCAGCAGAAUUCAUUCACAAGGCGCUCAGCAUGGGCGGAACAGUGCUCGUCCACUGUGCGGUGGGGGUGAGUCGCUCAGCAACGCUGGUGCUGGCCUACCUUAUGAUUCGGCAGAACAUGACUUUAGUGGAGGCCAUCAAGACUGUCAAAGACCACCGUGGCGUCAUCCCCAACCGGGGAUUCCUCCGACAGCUCAGCGGUCUGGACAGCAUUCUCCGUGCCAGUCGGAACGCAGCGUGAAACCUCUGGUAAAGUCUCCACUUCCACACCAAAACCAUUGCUUUGUCUGAUGUGUUUUAUGACAAUGAUGUGUACUACAUUCAGCACCAUCAAAUCCACUGUUGUCCUGUGAUCAGUAGAAAUGCCUUACUACAUUAAGACCUUUUGAGGUGUGCAUACUGCCUUAUUCAGUGUUAUCCUUCGACAUUUUGCUCAUGUGACCACAUCACUGAACUCUCCUUCCCAGUUUGUUUUUUCUUCAAACUUGGUUUUUGACUAAUGGCCAAAUGGUACCUUUCCCAAGUCCACUGUAAAAGCAAAAUAAGAACAAUGAUCAGGUUCGCUGAGGUUAUUUCAGAAAGGAACCCUUCUUAGCACAUCCAGCUAUAGAAUCACUGCUAUGGGAAUAACAGCACUGAAGUUCAAACAGCAAGUCUUGAUUGGACUCAUUAUCAGACUGAAGCUGACAACCUAGAAGCAUUUUUAAACAAAUACAAAUCAUAAACAUGGAACUUCUGAUCUUUUCAUACAAGUUCCUUACAACAAAUUCUUGCGAUAUGGAACCAUAACCUAUAUACUCAAUAUCUAAAACUGGUCAACCAGCAAGGUUAUCAUUCAUUAAAUAUUCAUGACAGAAUGUCACGUUUCACAUAUCAUUUAUCCAGCCAAUGGUGGUGUUUUGCAGCUGUGAAUGUAGCAGUAAUUUGGCACCCUUUUGUGCUCUGUGGGUGUAUGCAAUAUGACUCCGAUCUACAGCAUUACACACUAUCACUACGUCUUGCUCUAAAGCAAUGAAAUAGCACUUUCUAUAUUCCGUUUCAUUGAUUUUUUUUUACUUCUAUAAUCUGGAGAUGUAAACUUACCAAUAAUUUUAUAAUGUUAGGCUGGGGCUACUUUAAUUCAUGCCAAUGUUAGGUAUUCAAUGUAAAAUAAAUGAUUAGGAUACUAUCAUUACUGUACAUUAUUUGUACAUUAUUUUAUUGUUUAAAAUUGGCAAAAGCAAACAAAAAAGAUUUAAUAUAUGGAUACAAAUGUGUUACUUAACAACUGCUGUUCAAAGUUGUUUUACAACUUCUAGGAACUGGGACCACAAAGUCCCUCAGUGUCAGUAAGUGGAACUUUACUAUACACCAAUUUGUGUCUUAUGAAUAGUUUCUCAGCACUCUUUAACAUCUUAGAGAGAAACAGAUAACACAGAGUAGCAGUUAUACUCUGUGUUUGUAUAUAAAUAUACAAAACUAGGUAUUUCUAAAGCCGUGAAUUAAAGUAACAAAUACCUCAAUUGUGAUGUUUCACCUUGUCAGUAUUUGUAAGAUGUUAUAUUGUUGAUCAUUAGAUAAUAGAUGUAUGGUUUUCCUCCAUGCUGUGUGCAUGGUGUGAAUAUGUCUAGAGUUAUUAGAUUUAGAACAACAAUUAAUCUGUAUAAAUCUCUUAUUUUGAGGUGUCUUGUGACUGGUCCUGUGAUGUAUAGUGUUGUGACAAGACAUUUACAAAAUCACCAUAUGUACAAAUUCCUUUUCUCAAUAGCAGAGUUUACAAACAUACAGUUACAAACAAAACCAAAACAACAACCACAAAAAUAAACACUACACAAGAGUUCACAAUGUAGAUGUAUCAACCUACAGUGUUACUGAAAAGAAUACCUUGUAUGACAGCAGUUGUGUACUGAAUUACAAAAGGGUUACAAAAAGCCAGAAACGUGAAUUAAAUCACACAAUACUGCCUACAUUUUCUGUAACAGCACCCUAGGAAGAGUCUUCUGUCUUGUUUGAAUUCUGGUAUUUCUCUGGUAUUACUUUCGUACUGAAUUUUGACAAGUCUGAAGAAGUAAUUAUAAGGACCAUAUCAGAAAGAAUUAAAGAGGGAGAAAAUGACAAAACCUUGGCAAAAAAUGUAGCAACUGUCUGUCAAACCUCAAACCAAAAGGACAACGUUAUUAAAUCAGAACAAUGAAUGAACUUGGUGUGUGUAACAACAUUUAUUUGCUUGAAGUGUUUUCCUGUUCUAGCAUCCUUUCAGUGAGGUCAAAGUCUUGCUAUGGAAUCUGUCAGUAUAUAAUUAUUUUCCGUCUACCCACAAAGGUGGAUUUCAUGGUCUGUGUUAUUCUUUUUCUGUCUCUAUGGAAACUACUGUUUCGUUUUUAAAAGACCCUUUCUAUAGUGAUACUAUAGUGAUUUUUUGAUGGAUUUAUUUUUUAAAUUAAUCUAUGGAGUAAUAAAUGGCAAAUAAAAACAAAAGCAAAUGUGAUGUGUCAAUUUUGCAUUAUAGUAUUAUUUCAAAUGCAUCAUUUUCAGUUCAAUUCCUUUAAAUCCUGUUCCCAUAAAACUAAAAGGUUCAUCAAUAAAGAUUCAAGAAUCACCACCUCUAAUGGUUAAGUCGGUGAACACAACACAA